GGCUGUUCGUUGGUCUCCGAAGCUUGAAUACAGGAUACCUCGUGUCUGAGGAUGAAAGGAUCGUGUCGAGGAUAAGAAAAUCAGCCAUGGAGACUUCUAGUACACAGUGUCCCUGUGAGAAGGCCAGAAAACCCCACAUAGUUUUUAUCCUAGCAGACGACUAUGGGUGGAAUGACAUUGGUUACCAUUCAUCGCUUAUUCAAACACCCAACCUAGACAGGCUGGCGCAAGAGGGAGUUAAGUUGGAGAACUACUACAUACAGCCAAUCUGCAGCCCUUCAAGGGCCCAACUGAUGACCGGCAGAUAUCAGAUUCGUUAUGGGAUGCAGCACAGUGUUCUUAUGAGCGACCGGCCACACGGACUGCCCCUGGGUGAGGUCACUCUUCCCCAGGUCCUGAAGGAAAGCGGGUACGCUACACACAUUGUAGGGAAGUGGCAUCUCGGACACUUCAAGAAGGAGUAUCUACCGACGUGGAGGGGCUUUGACACAUUUUUCGGUUUCCUUGGAGGCGGAGAGGACUACUUCACGCAUAGAAUACCCAACGAAAUAGUGGAGACUCCGGAAACGUACAGAGCCUUUGACUUCUGGGACGGGUCGAAACCGUGCUUGAGUGAAAAUGGAUCAUACUCAACUCACGUGUUUGCUAGAAAAUCCAUUGAACUCAUUUCUCGCCACGACAAAGAUAAGCCGAUGUUCCUGUACCUUCCGUUCCAAGCUGUCCACGCCCCCUUGGAGGCUCCGGAAGAGUACAUCAACAAGUACGCGCACAUCAGGAGCAAAAACAUGAGGACGUACGCCGGCGUGACGACAGCCAUGGACGAGGCAGUGGGGAAUAUAACCCGUGCUCUGAAGGACCAUGGGAUGUGGGAGAACACCGUGCUGAUAUUUUCUACUGACAACGGGGCGAGUAAAGCCGGCAGCAACUGGCCCCUCCGAGGCUUCAAGAACACCCUGUGGGAGGGGGGCGUCCGGGGUGUUGGCUUUGUCAGCAGUCCGCUGCUGAAGGUAAAGCAAAGGAUAUCUGACGCGCUGCUGCACAUCUCCGACUGGUUCCCGACCAUCGUAAGGAUUGCAGGUGGUUCAACCUUCGGAACGAAACCUCUGGAUGGAUAUGAUGUCUGGGAUACUAUCAGUGAGGGCACCCCUUCUCCUAGAACUGAAAUUCUGCACAACAUCGAUCCAUUGAUCGCGGCAACCAACUCCGAUGCCUCCAAGAUCCACGGCCACAGCACGUUCAACACCUCAGUGAAGGCAGCCAUCCGGGUGGGGGACUGGAAACUGUUAACAGGAAAUCCAGGAAACGGGGACUGGCAACUUCAAACCUUCGAUGGCAAGAUCAAAGAAAAGUCGACCGGGGUGCGCGGCAAGCAGCUGUGGCUCUUCAACAUCCGCAAUGACCCGCAGGAACGAAAGGACGUCUCUGACGAGUAUCCAGAAGUUGUGCAAAGACUUCUCACAAAGCUAUCCGCGUAUAACCAGACGGCGGUGCCCGUGUACUGGCCGGAUAUAGACCCACGGUCAAACCCAGCCCUGCACGGAGAUCUGGUUGGACCGUGGAUGUAAUGUCUGCUUAUGACUCAAAAACUUGAAUCUAAAGACCGUUAAAACGGUUACUCUAUUUGAAAUCACCACUGGGUCUAUAGACUAGAACACUUGUUUAAGAAAUGGACCUAUAACAACUUUUUAUGAAACUUUUUAUUAAACUUUGUUAUUCGCGCGCCGCAUCAGGUUUUUUUUUUUAAUUCCCAGAGGGUGUCAUCAAUGUAAUCAAAUAAUUAUUAUAUAAAAUAAUAAAUGGCCUAACUUGCGUCAAGCGUUGUCAGGAAAACUGUAUGCAGCAAUAGGCUGAGAUUAACCGAUCUAAUUACUUGAGAAGCUAAGUAGAAUACUGAAUACUUUUCGAUGCGCAGGACUAA